UUGCAUAAGUAAAAGUUAAUUUUUUUGUUUUUUGUUUGGAGGAUUUUUUAUUGUGUUGUUGGUGCAGCAGCAGCGCAACGCAGAAGUGAAAUCGAUAAAUAACGGCAUAACGAACAACGUAAACAAGGCAAAGCAACAGAAAACAAAACGCAACAACAAAAAGUACAGAUUUAAUGUCGCAGUUAAUUUGUGUGCUAGAACGAAACAGCAAUAGCAAAAGCCACAGCAGCAGAAACAACAACAGCAGCAGCAGCUGAGGCAGCAACAACAAAAAAUCAUAAACGAAAAACGUACGACGCAACCGCUGCGUGUGUGUGUGUGUGUGUGUGUGCAAGAGCAGGAUAGUCAGAAAGCCAUAGUGCGAGGCUACGCGUGUGUGCAAGAGAGCGAGCAAUAGGGCUCUGCGUCGACGGCGGCAGUGGCAGCGACGACAACAACGAUUUUGACACAAUUUAAAAAACUUCAAGCGCUUUGCAGUUGAAAGUUUGUUUCUAAGCUUGACUUCUGUCUGCGCUUAAGAACAGAAAAAAGAUCACCUUGUGUGUUUCCCUCCCACACACACACACACACACACACGUACCGAGCAUUUAACGGUGGGCGUGUCGUUAGUGACGCAGGCACUCCCCACUCUGCAGCACCCCAAAAAAAAAAAAAUUCAAGACGCAGUUUUGGAUUGUUGCUGCCGCUGUCCGCCUGCAAUAACGGAAGAUAACAAACACAACAAGACCAACAAAGAGACACCAUCAUCUCUUCUCUCUAUCAUCGCACCCCCUCCAACGAACAUCAACAAAUAAGUAAAAUAUCAAGAGAAACAGCAGCGCAGAGAGAGGUAGGAGAAGCAGCAGCUGAAAACAUAUGAUUUUUGUUUGUGUUGUUGUUUUUGCGCGCGCUCUGCUGUUGUCGUUGCGGGGAACAAGUGGAAAGGGAACGAGCGAAUAGAAAGAGGGGAACAAGAGAGAACGGUGCCAAGUGCCUGGCUGCUGAUUCAGACCAACGGAACACCACAAGGCAAGAAGAGCGGGUUGACGACAACAGUGGCAGAAGCAGCAGCAGCAGCAGCGUCGUGGGAAUAGAGAAGAGAUUCAGAGAGGCAGCAGAGCAGCGCCGAGGCAGAGCAGCGUAGAGGAAGAGGCAGAGCAGAGGCAGAGGCUGAGCAGCGCUCAUUCCCAUUCCAGAUUGCACAGACAGGCUGUCUCUACGCUGACGAGUAGCAUCAAGAGUAGCAGCCAGUAGCAGACAGCUGACCCUGCUGCCAGUGUGGGAGCACCCACCCAUCCACUCACCCGCCACCCGACAGCCGCAGCUGUGGAGAGCAGCGUGCUUAGAGGAGAGCCAGACAACGCGUAGCACUCCAAGCGACCCGAUAACCACAAAAAUCUCACCCACAUCAUGUCCGCGGACUCGCCACGCCGCCAUCCGUCCGGCGGUGGCGGUGUCGGAGGUGGUGGAUUGCGUGGCGGCGGUGGAUUGGCUGUGCCGGCCAUUGUGCCGCCCCAGACGGUAUCGGAUCGCUCGAUACUUGACUCGGCCAUUGGUUUCAUCAACGAUGUCACCCUGGCCAAUCAGCCGGUGCAGGAUCCCAAGGACACGAUCACCUGGGCCCGCUUCGAGACCUGUGCGGACGUGAGCGAUCCCCGUUUCGGCGAUGACUGGGAACUGGAGGGUAAUGCUGCCCCGCCGCUUCUCCUCAUCCUCGGCUAUGGCCUGGGCGUGCAGGUCUGGGCCAUACCCGCCAACGGGGAGGCAGUUGAGGUGCUGUCCUGGCGCCAUGGCGUCGUCACAGCCCUCCGAGUGCUGCCCACACCGGCCACGGCGGCCGCCCUCGAUGAGAACGGGCGGGCCGAUGAGCCAGUGGAUGCCUUCGCCGAGAAGCGACCCCUGGUGGCCCUCGUCGAUGGUGGCAGUGCGGCGGCAAGCGGUUUUCUGUCCGGCGGCAGCGGCGGCUCUGGCAUCGGUGGGGUCAGCGGCGGUGGUAUCGGCUCUGGCAGCGGUGGCAGUGCUUCUGGCGUGGCCCAGUUCAGUGCCGUCAAUUUUCUGUCGCUCAAGACGGGCGUUCAGGUGAAGACAAUCAAAUUCAAGAAUGCGGUGCUCGAUAUCCAGGCCAAUCGAUCGGCGGUGGUCAUUACGUUCCAUGAAAGGAUCGCCGUGUUUGAUGCCCGCACCCUGGAGGAUCGCCUAACCAUCACAACCUGCUAUCCCAGUCCGGGAAUCAAUCCCAAUCCGAUUGCCCUGGGACCACGCUGGUUGGCCUAUGCAGAGCACAAGCUGCUUCACUCCAAGCGCAGCGGCGGUGGCUGCGAUGGCGAGGGUGUGCCCAGCUAUACGGCCACUGUGCUGAAUGCGGCCAAAUCGCUGGGCAAGGGUCUGCGAGAGCUGGGCGAACAGGUGGCCGCUGGUCUGACUGGGGCCACGGCUGGCAGCGGUGCCAGCUCCAAGAGCAGCAGCUUCGAUUCGGCCAGCGGGGGUCCGGAUGCCAAGCAGUCCGGCGUGGUCACCAUUAUCGAUGUGAAGCAUCCUGUCAAGGACUACAGCCCCACGACGGGCACACCAUUGAGCUCUACAGGCGGCGCCCAGGCUGGCGGUGAUCCGAUUGUGGCACAUUUUGUGGCCCACAGCGAGGCACUGGUGGCCAUGGAGUUCGACAGCUCGGGGAUGCUGCUGCUGACGGCCGAUCGACGCGGACACGAUUUUCAUGUCUUCCGCGUGCAACCGCAUCCGGUGGGGCCCUGCCUGGCGGCCGUGCAUCAUCUAUAUGUGCUGCAUCGGGGCGACACGAGCGCCAAGGUGCAGCACAUUGCCUUCUCGCUGGACUCGCGCUGGGCGUCCGUGUCCACGCUGCGCGGCACCACCCACGUCUUCCCCAUAACGCCCUACGGCGGCGCCAUGGGCGUACGGACGCACACAUCGCUGCAUGUGGUAAACAAACUGUCGCGCUUCCAUCGCAGUGCCGGCCUUGGGGCCGAUGGACGCUCCAGUUCCCCCAUUUCGCACUCGGAGAGCACCACAUUUGUUCAGUCGCUGCAGCCGUAUCACAAUCCCACGCUUCCCCCCUAUCCGCGGCCGUCGGUGGUCCAGCCCCUCGCUCAGCUGCGACAGCCCUUUACCCUUGGCUCGCCGCCUGGUUCGGCUGGCGGCCUUGGGGGCGUAGUGGGCGUGGGGGCCGGCGUCGGCGGGGGUAUUGGUGUGGGGAACCAUGGAGGCGGCAUUGGCGGCGGCCUCGGUGGCGGCAACAGCAGCCAGAGACAGCGACAGCGACUCUCCUCGCUGUCGGAUGACAGCGGAAAGCCGUUGAGCGUCUGCUCAAUAUUCGCCAAAUCACGCUCCUGGCUGCUGGAGCCGCUGACGACAACACGAGAGGCACCGCAUCGCGUCCAGCGCAAGGCCGUCGACUCGCUCUUCGUGAUGGCCGGCCAUGGAGCGCUCAUCCAGUACGAUCUGGACACGAAGUUACCCUCAAAUGUUGCCAAAGAGAAGAUUUGUGAUGACACGCCCAUUGAACUGGAGGUGGAGGCCCGAGCCCAAUGGAAUCUGGGGCGACGCAAGGAUGGAUCUCAUGAAAUCAUACCACCGCUGGCACUGGACAAUUGGCUGAUCAAGGAUCGCCAUGGCAGCCUGCUGCUGGACAGUGCCCAUCAAUUCGAUGAGCCCGACGAGCGUGCCGAGAGCUGGUUGGCCCAGGUCGAGAUCAUAACGCAUGCGGGACCCCAUCGACGCCUCUGGAUGGGGCCCCAGUUUGUUUUUAAGAACUACAAUACGCCCAGCGGCUCAAAUUUGAAUCAUGUGGAUGCUGAGGCUGUGGAGAUUGGGGUUACAAAGACAACAACCACAACGCUACCCUCAACGGCGGCUGCCUCGUCCACUGGCGCUGCUGGCGUAGCAACUGGAGUGGCGGCCAAGGAACGUUCGAGUCCCCUGAAUAUGCCACUGAAUGCGGCCGCCGCCUCUCUGGCUGCCGCCUCUGGCGUGGGAAGCACUACAAGUCGUACUGGUCCUGGUGUGCCGGUGCUUAUCGAAUCCGGUUCGUAUAGUAGCAUUGAGCAGAGCCCCAAGCUUAUGGAUCGCUUCCGACAUGGCCAUUUGGACUCGGACUAUGGACAUGGCGAUACACGGCUAAAGGAGGACCUGGCCGAUGCCAUGCGAGAGUCGCCAUCAAUGGCAGCCACACGACGCGAAACGGGCCAGCCAUCAGGUUCUUCGGCUUUGGCUUCCGUGGCGGCGGCAGCCUCCUCCUCCGUCUCGGCCAGCGAUAAUGUCUGCUACUAUGACGCCCUCGCCGAGCACGAGCACCUGAACGAUCCUGAUCACGAUCCCGACAUGGUGGGAGGAGGUGAGGCACCGCAUAAGGAGGAUCUGAGCGAUGAGGCGGCACUGACGGUACCGGAGGCGAGGGCCCUGGCCAAGGUGGAGCGACGCCAUCUGAUCGAGCACAUGAGAUUAGCCAACGACUGCAGCCCCAACAGCAGCAGCAGCAUGGCCGCCCUGGCCUCGGUGCUGCCCAACAUAUGCAGCUACGAUUAUCCCACCGGCGGACAUCAUUACAGCGGCGGCCAUUCCAGGAUCGAGAAGAUCGUCAAUCCGCUGGGCACGGUGACGGACGUGAAUGCGGGCAUCUCGGGGGAGCUGCAGACGGACAUGCUGGACGAGGUGGUAUGCCAGCUGGCCGCCGAGGAGAGCAUCAUCCAUGAGAACUGUGACGAGGCGCUCUUUCGGCCGGUGGUGGCCAUCUUUUGCAACGAUCUCGUCGAGCAGCGCAACCAUCAGCAGCAGCUGUUGCUGGCCAAGGAGGAGCAGGCGGCCGCUGCCGCUGGCUUGGGGGGAUCGGGCUCGAAGGGAGGCGAAAAUGAUCACUGCAAGCCGCCGGUGGUGCUGGCCAAUAAGCUAAUUGUGCCCGUCAUUGCCAAGGAGGUGGACGAGGUGCUUGUCCAAAAGGAAAAGCAAAAGUCACAGAGGUCCCAGCACCAAAAGGCGCAGCAGCAGAAAUCGCAGCUCAAAUCCCUGGCCGCUGCCGAAGAUGCGGCCCAGGCGCAGCGAUUUGCCGAGCUCUCGCAUCUCAAUAAGCCCAAAGGAGGGGCUAAUCCGAGUGCCAGCAACAACAGCAAUAACAGCAAAACUGCCAGCAGUCCGAGGAACGCCACCGCGGAGGAGGAGGAAGUCAAUGCCACUCUGACCAUCAGCAUUGGUGGCAAGGCAUCCAAGAAAGGCAAGCAGAAGAUGACCCCCAACAGCAGCAGCAGCAGCAGCAGCAGCAAGGGAGCAGAAAAGAAACUGCCUGCCGUGGAGGAGAAGCUCAAGAAGCAGUUGAAGGAGCUGCAAACGCAGGAUAAAUUUAUCCAGCAGGAUCUAGAUGAAAUAGUUGUAGUCAUGGAAGAGGGUGGGGAGGAAUCAGAGGCGGAGGCAGAGCCAGACCCAGAGCGAGACUCGGACCAUGCCGAUAGUUUGCUGGCCAAUAAGAGCAGCAUUGCCGCUGUCAUGGUGAGCAGUGCCAGCGCCCAAGGAUUGAGUCUUCUUGUGGAGACGACCACUCAGACGGGGGAGGAUGAUACCGAGGAGGAGGCUGAAGAUGAUGAAGAUGAUGAUGAUGUGAAGGAGCAAACCAUGACAAUCGAAAAGGAGAAAGAAAAAGCCAAGGAACGGGAGAAGGAGAAGGAAAAGGAGAGGCUGAAGGAAAAGGACAAACUUCAAGCGAGGGAAAAGCUAAAGCUGGAAAGGGAGAAGGAGAUUAUCCAGGAAAAGCAGAAGCUGGAAAGGCAAAAGGAAAAGGAGAAAGAGAAGCUGAGGCUAGAGAAAGAGAAGCAGCAGCUCCAAGAGAAGGAAAGAGAGAAGGAGAAGCUCCAAGAGAAGGAAAAGCUGAAGCUCGAGAGGGAAAAGCUGAAGUUGGAAAAAGAAAGGCUCCAGGAGAAGGAAACUGAAAUUAGAAAAGGAAAAGCAGUGCAACUGCAAGAGAAGGAAAGAGAAAGAGAGAAGGAGAUGCUGAAACUCGAAAAGGAAAAGCUGGAAAAGGAGAAGCUCCAAGAAAAGGAGAAAGAGAAGCUUCGCCUCGAAAGGGAAAAACUUCUGGAAAAGGAGAAACUCAAAGAGAAGGAGAAACUUCAGGAGAUGCUAAAGCUCGAAAAGGAGAAGGAGAAACUCGUGGAGAAAAACAAAGAAAAAGACAAGAUCCGCAGCCAGGAGAAGGGCAAAGCAGCAGCUGAGAUCUCACCACCAACGUCGAGCUACCUGGUAAAAGUGAUAGAGGAAUCUGCUCCCAGCAACAGGAGACCUUUGGCUGCCACCCCCGUUGCCACAGCGGUCCAGUCCAGUCCCUGGAAGAGAGUCGGUGUCGUCAGCGAUGAGAGCACUCCCAAGCAGCUGUCGGCGGUGCAGCAGGAUUAUCCGACGCUGGGCAAGAAGCAGAGUAAGCCCAGCAGCCCGGAGAAGCUGCCUUCCCCUGCAAAGGCAAGCCCGCUGGCAAAGCCCCGAGCAGCCAAAGAGAACUUUGAGGACUUUCUGAGUGGCAUGGAGUCGCUGCCACCGCUGCCCGAUCUCGAGCCGCUCGAGGUGAAGGCGAAUGAGCCGCCGCAUCUCAUCCCGGAGGGUGGGUCGUCGCUCAGUCUGAUCAAUUUCGAGAGUCCGCUGCAGGAGAGUGCGACGACGGUGAUGCCGAUAAAGAUCACGCCGCCGCCACGCGGAUUCACCGAGAAGAACCUUGUGCUGGCCCUUUGCGGAUCCCUGCACUAUGAGGACGAGCAGGAGCAGGAGAGGGAUCGGAUUCGGGCUCUGGCUCGAGAGCGGCAGCUGGAAGACCCCGAAAUGGAACUGGAACUGAAGCCCCAUCCGUAUGUGCUGCUAAUGGCCAGAGAUGACCAACAGCAGACGCCGCUGGGCAUGCAGAAAUCCACAUCCACGUCGAACAACUCAUCCGGCUCCGAGGAGAUCAUCCUGAUGGAGGAGCCAACCAGCAAGAAGCUCAGCAAGAAGCACAAACGAAUGAAGCAGCUCCAGCUACAGCAGCAGCAGCGCGAGAAAGAGCGCGAGCGAGAGCGGGAAAGAGAGAGGGAAAGGGAGAAAGAACGUGCCAGAGAGCAGGAGACAGAGGAUGAGGAACUUCGUCCGCUUAUCAGCAUCAGUAUGUGCGACUCCCAGCUGGAGAUCCAUUCGCCCGUCAAAGCAUCAAAGGCCAAUCGAGGAGGGGAGGAAGAAGAGGAAGAGGAGGAGCUGAGCCAAACACUGCCGGAGGAUUUGCUCCACUUUGGGAGCAGUGGCGUGGCCACCAGCGGUACCACUGCCACAACGAACACCGCAACCACAACAGACAGCGAGGGACCCAUUCCGGCCACCACAUCCGAUGACAAUCUCGUCUAUAGCUCAUCCACAGCCGCUUCGCCGCCGCACAAGCUCAAGACCAAGAAGCUGGAGCAUAAAAUCAAUCUGAUAGCCGCCAUCGAGGCGGCCACCUCCUCGUCCACUUCAUCCGCGGAGGAGAGUAGCGUGGAGACGGCCAGUCCCAUUGUCAGUGCCUCCCAUUCGGAUACGAAUCCAUCUGCGGGCACGGCCACAGCCACAGCCACGUCGGCCAACUCGGGCGGUGCGUCGGCGGCGAGCUCUGGCAUUAACGCGACUGGCACCAGUUCCCCCGCUGUGGGCCUCCAUGUGGGCUCCACUGUGGGCAUGGGCGUGGCCAGUCAGGCGAGUGCCACAAAGAAGAAGACGAAGCGGCGCAAGAGAUAAGAAUUAGCGAUUUGUUUGUUGUGCGUCUUCAGUCUCGUUGUGCUCUGGCAUCUGUAUGCAAACCAGGAGAGAGGUGCCGGUGCCAGUGCCAGUGCCAGUGCGAGUGGGACUGCGAGUGCUAGUAGCCUCCACCAGGAGCCGCCAACGGAGGUGCAGGCAGCCGUAGAGCAAUCACAGCGCCACGAGCAGCAGUCUGAGACGGACCACGAUAAGGAUCAGC